GGGAUAAUGGCAUAAUGCCACAGAACGAAGGAGAAUCUUUCUUCGCCGAACCUUUGUCUUGUUUUAUCUAAUCGAAUUUCUCCGUCUCCGUCGAUUCCUCUCGCCGUUUUCAGAGGUUAUGGAUGUUUCAGCUAGAAAGUCUCAGAAAGCAGGACGUGAAAAGUUGAGGAGGGAGAAACUGAAUGAGCAUUUUGUUGAACUUGGGAAUGUACUCGAUCCAGAAAGACCCAAGAAUGACAAAGCUACGAUUCUGACUGAUACUCUUCAGGUUUUGAAAGAGCUCACUUCAGAAGUCAACAAACUUAAAUCUGAGUACACCGCUUUGACAGAUGAGUCCCGCGAGCUGACACAGGAGAAAAACGACCUGAGAGAAGAAAAGACGUCGCUCAAGUCAGAUAUAGAGAAUCUCAAUCUCCAAUACCAGCAAAGACUAAGGUCAAUGUCUCCCUGGGGAGCUGCAAUGGAUCACACGGUCAUGAUGGCUCCACCACCAUCUUUUCCAUAUCCAAUGCCUAUGGCUAUGCCUCCCGGUUCAAUCCCAAUGCAUCAUCCACCAAUGCCAUCUUACACUUACUUUGGGAACCAGAACCCUAGCAUGAUGCCAGCUCCUUACAUGCCAGCGUACAUGCCUCCUAACACAGUCGUUGAGCAACAAUCCGUGCACAUACCACAGAACAACCGUUCCAGGGAACCUAGAACAAAGGCUUCAAGAGAGAGCAGGUCUGAGAAAGCAGAGGACUCUAAUGACGUCGCAACACAACUCGAGUUAAAAACUCCUGGAUCUACUUCUGAUAAGGAUACAUUACAAAGGUCAGAGAAGAGUAAGAGAUGUAAGAGAAACAGCAACAACAACAACAAUAACUCUGUAGAAGAAAGCUCUCAUUCUAGCAAGUGUUCAUCUUCUCCUAGCGUCCGAGAUAACACUUCUUCUAGUAGCGUAGUUGGUGGCCAAAAACCAGAUGAAACAAAAUGAAGAUCUAAACGCUGCCGUCUCGGUGAAGUAUGUGAUGCUAGUUACAAAACAGAGUCACUGUCCGAAACAGCGUUCUGAUGUUUAGUUCUGUAUUUGUAAUCUCCGCUAAUUUUUAUAAUUAUAUAUAAGUUUUUAAAAGUUUAUACUCUGCUUAGAUCUAAUCUAAUUAAAAAAU